GCGCGGGGCGGAAGAUGUUCGAGAGCCUGCGCGGCCGGCUCCUGAGCGUCCAGCAGGACUUGACCUCGGGGCUGAAGACUUUGGGUGAGAAAUCAAGAGAAACCAAAAUAAGCAAGCAAAGGAGUGUUCAGUGUUUGCCAGAGUUCUCUGCUGGAUUAGAUCUGCUGAGCAGGUAUGAAGAUAUUUGGGCAGCCCUUCACAGAGGAACGAAAGAAUGUGCCAAAAUGGGAGAGUUGGUGGAUAGUGAAGUUGUGAUGCUUUCUGCACACUGGGAGAAGAAAAGAAGCAGUCUCCUAGACCUUCAGGAGCAGCUCCAGCAAAUUCCUGUUUUUUUAGCAGAUUUGGAAUCGACAACAGCUAGCCUAGUCCAGUUGGAAGCAAAUUUUAAGGAAAUGGAGGACCAUUUACUGAAUCUUGAGGAUCUCUGUGGACAGUCUGAAUUGGAAAGAUACAAGCAUAUACAGGCACUUCAGCUGGAAAACUACAAGAAGACUAAACGAAGAGAACUUGAGAUCUUCAAAGCUGAACUAGAUGCAGAGCAUGCACAGAAGGUGUUGGAUAUGGAGCACACCCAACAGCUGAAGCUCAAGGAGCGGCAAAAGUUCUUUGAAGAAGCUUUCCAGCAGGACAUGGAACAAUAUCUCUCCACCGGCUAUCUCCAGAUAGCUGAAAGGCGAGAGCCAAUAGGAAGCAUGUCUUCUAUGGAAGUGAACGUGGACAUGUUGGAGCAAAUGGACCUUGUGGAUAUGUCUGACCAAGAAGCCUUAGAUGUCUUUCUUAAUUCCGGAGGAGAGGACAGUACUAUGCCAUCCCCUAUGAUAGGGCCAGACUCUACCACCUGUCAAAACGAAAUCAGUCUUCAAGUCCCUACUCCGCCAGAAUUGAGAGAGAAGUGGUCUUCAACAACCGGCUGCAUUGAUUCUACUAGCCAGGAUGCCAGUGAAGGAGAAUCGCCUGUGAUCCAGUCAGAUGAGGAAGAAGUGCAAGUGGACACUGCUCUUGUGGCCAACAGUGCAGAAGCGAAGGGCCCGUCUGAUCUGAGCGAUGAGAGUGACUCACAGACAGGCUGAAUCUAAUCAGUGCUCCAUAGGAAUUAUGACCACGGAAUGA